GGAAGAUUCUGUCCGAACAGCGGGGGUCGUUUUUUAUAAUGCCGCGCGGCUGCACUGUGCUCAUACAGUCUACGUAGAGGGUGAGGAAGAGUGAUAAAGAGGAAAGAGCACGAGACGUGGAACGAGAUCGAUCAAUGGACGGUGAAGCGGAAGAAGAGUUGAAGUCUCAAGGAGCCGAAAGCAAUGCCACCAUCUCCAAGGCUACGGAAUUGGAUAACUUGAAAAUGCGUUUGCGAGCGAUGGAGAAAGAAGCGGAAGUUCUGCGUGGGAUGCAAGCUGAAGUUGAAAAUCAGAUGGGUGAUGAUGCCCCAGAAAAUCCAAAUGCAGAUUCGACAGUGACAACAGAAGAAGUUGAUGCACGAUCUAUCUAUGUUGGCAAUGUUGAUUACGAAUGCACUGUGGAAGAACUUCAGCUGCAUUUCCAGGAAUGUGGUACUGUGAACCGAGUAACUAUCCUUUGCGAUAAGUUUGGCCAGCCUAAGGGUUUUGCAUAUGUGGAAUUCCUUGAAGAAGAAGCUGUCACGUUGGCUCUCCAGCUGAAUGAAUCUGAUUUGCACGAACGUAAAGUCAAGGCACAAUGGUGAAAUCGUGGUGAUUGAGUGGUUGGGAGAGUCCUUAACUUUGUAACCAUUCAAUUCAUUUGCAAGUUAUGCCCAAGAGGAAGAAUAUCCCUGGAAUGAGGCAGCGCCGGCCAAGGCGUUUCAGCCCUUAUGUUAUUCACGGUCAUCCUAUUGUACCAUCUUAUAUCUACUCUCCUUAUGGAUACGGGAAUCCAACUUUCCAAAGGCCUAGAUGAAAGAGGCACUAUUCUUUUUCAUUUCCGUUUUCUUUUCAAGACUAUGGAUGUUUCUGCAAUGCUAUAUGAAGUAUCUACAUUGCUUUAUUUGCAAGGAAAGCUAACUACAUUAAUAGCAGUGUGGUACUGAGUCUUGCAAAUUGCAAUCAUGCUUUGCAUUUGAUAUCUGCAUGGGAACUUUUACAGGUGUUUGGUAAUUGGGUAGUGUUUCCUCUUAGAAACUGAAACUUUUAUGUUGGUACUUGAACUUCUACCAAGUGGUAUAAUGACAAAAGUUU